UGAUGAAAGACAAGCUUUAAAUGAUCGUAAACGCCGUGUAUUAUCAUCAAUAGGUUACUAUGAGUCCACUAAACAAAAAAAUGACGUAGUCGUUUUCGCAGCAGUUGCCGGUGCUGUAGUUGCACUGCGAGCGUUGCCUCCUAAGCUUAAUCCCGUCGUUAGAUCUAUUAUGAAUUCCAUAAAAACAGAAGAAAAUCUAGGAUUACAGCAACGUUCGGCAGCUACACUGGCGAGCCUUGUUGAACUUUGUGCCUCUGAGGAUGGCUCAACGCGAGUAAAUCCUAACGACAAAAUCGUGAAAAAUCUAUGUACAUUUCUUUGUUCUGAUCCAACUGCAACACCUGAACUGCAAGCUAAUCGUGCAAAGGAGGGCAUAUUGUCUUUACAGAAGGCUAAGGAACCUGAUAAAGGUUCAUCUAAUAACGAUUCCCAAAAUGAAGAUGAAGAGCUAAAAUCACAAAAAUUAAUACGUCGUGGUGCUGAAACAGCACUUCGGCAAUUUUCUCUACAAUUUGGACCAAAAUUAUUUGAUAUUGUUCCAAGGCUAUGGACGUGUGUGCAUUCAUCUUUGAGUACAGUGUUCAUUCAUGUAGAUGACAAAGAAAAGAUAUCAACGGUUUUUAAAACAAACAUAAAUUUGGGACAAGACGUAAUUGACUCUUUGCAAAUAUUACAAAUAUUGGUUCCUGUCUUUCAUGAAUCUCUUCAAUUGAAGGUUACUGAAUUACUGCCUUGUAUUGUGAAAGCUAUUCAAUGCCAGUAUUCAGUAAUUCGGUCCAUGGCUGCCCGUUGCUUUGCCACGAUUGCUAAUGUUAUUACCAUCCAGAGUAUGCAGAUAAUAAUAGACCAAAUAAUACCACUAUUGGGGGAUUCACAAAAUGUGAUACGUCGCCAAGGAGCUGCUGAACUAAUAUAUCAUGUUGUGCAAACUAUGGACGCAAAGAUUCUUCCUUAUGUCAUUUUUUUGAUUGUACCAAUUUUGGGUCGAAUGAGUGAUGUGGAUGAAAAUGUUCGAUUAGUGAGCACCAACUGUUUUGCUAUGCUGAUAAAGUUGGUGCCGUUGGAGGCCGGAAUACCUGAUCCACCUGGCCUAUCUACAGAAAUGUUGAUACACCGAGACGAAGAACGUAAAUUCCUUGCUCAGCUGCUCGAUAGCAGAAAGCUAGAUCCAUAUGAAAUUCCUGUUACAAUCAAAGCUGAACUAAGAAAAUAUCAGCAGGAAGGCGUAAAUUGGCUUGCAUUUUUAAAUAGGUAUCAAUUGCAUGGAAUAUUAUGUGACGAUAUGGGACUUGGCAAAACGCUUCAAUCUAUUUGCAUCCUUGCUAGUGAUCACCACAUGCGUGCUACCAAAUAUAAUACAACAAAAUCACCGGACAGCGUACAUUGUCCAUCAUUAGUUGUUUGCCCACCUACAUUGACAGGGCAUUGGUAUCAUGAAAUAUUAAAUUAUACUGACACAUUAAAGCCUCUCCUAUAUUCUGGUAACCCUAAAGACAGAGAUAGGCUCCGACCAAAGAUCCCUAACUACGACGUAGUCAUCAUGUCAUAUGAUAUUGUUCGUAAUGACAUUGAUGACUUGGCCAGUAUACAUUGGAAUUAUUGCAUCCUGGAUGAAGGACAUGUGAUAAAAAACGGAAAAACAAAGAUUACUAAAGCGGUAAAGUCAGUAAAGGCUAAUCACCGACUAAUAUUAUCCGGAACACCGAUACAGAACAAUGUACUAGAAUUAUGGUCGCUUUUUGAUUUCUUAAUGCCUGGAUUUUUGGGUACAGAAAAACAAUUUAACGAGAGAUUUGGAAAACCAAUAUUGGCAAGUAGAGACAGCAAAAGCUCAUCUAGAGAACAAGAGGCCGGCGCGCUUGCCCUUGAAGCUUUACAUAAACAAGUGUUGCCAUUUUUGCUGCGCCGAUUGAAAGAAGAUGUACUGAGUGACUUGCCUCCCAAAAUUAUUCAAGACUAUUACUGUGAACUUAGUGAUUUACAGAAACAAUUAUAUGAACAGUUCGCUAAAUCGCAGGCUAAAAGUAAAGUUGAAAUAGAGCUAGAAACAGAAAUUGCCGAAGAGGAAGGAGAAAAAAAGAAAACACAUACACAUAUUUUUCAAGCGUUACAGUAUUUGCGUAAACUAUGUAAUCAUCCUUUGCUUGUUGUCAAUAAUAAGCAUCCUCAGUACCGUAUGGUCAUGGACCGACUCAAAGCUACAAAGACUUCAUUGCACGAUUUGGAAAAUGCUCCAAAGUUGCUUGCAUUAAAACAAUUAUUACAUGAUUGUGGCAUUGGAACGUCCCAAGACUCUGAAGAUUCUCUUGGAGCUGGCGCA